AUGUCGUCGAUAGCUACCGAUGAAGACAUUGUGGAUAAAUGGAUUGAAAUUGAUGAUUCAAUCAGUAUCCCGGAGCAAACUCUUAAUGAGAUCCUUGCCGAUAAAAUUUUGGAUUUGGAUGAGGAAAUUCUGGGUGGAUUAGAUGACGAAGAAUCGCUAUUCACGACACCACGACAGUCGAGUCCGAUAUCGGCUGUUACUUCGUACACGUUGGAUUCACCACUUCAUAUCAGUGAAUUAGAGUCCAUUACAUGUCAAUUGAAGACGCGGAACAAUCGUAGUUUUGAAGGUCACGCUAGAGCCUUGGCUGUUUCUAGUACUAAUAUUGCUAUUGGGACAAGUCGAGGAUUAGUACUGAUCUUUGAUUGUGGAAAUCGAAGACUACUGCAUUCGAUAACAGCAGACGGUUGCCCAGUAUCAUGUCUUGAUUUCAACAAAACUAGCACACUAUUAGCCAUUGGUUAUGGUUCGGGUUUAAUACGUACUUUCAAUGUUUCUACGGGUAAGAUGAUGCACGACGUCGGUAAUGUAGUGCAGUCGGGACAAGGUGUAUUACAAAUUCUUUUCUGUGCAAGUGACAGGAGACUUGCUUGCCUGGAUAGUGGAGGUUCGGUUUAUGAGCUAACAUUGCCAACAACAGUUCGAUCACUGAAAACUCGCUGUGUUUUCUCGGGUUGUCAUGGAGAGGUGGUGUAUUUGAAAAUGUUGGACAGUGAUCACAUAUUAGCUCUUUUAUCACUCAAGAAAUUAUUUCUAAUAAGCUUGAAAAAAAUGCGUUUGGUAUACGCCACUUCAUUCAACGGACCCCCCAAUCGUCCACCUUUGAUUGAUUGUCAGACAAUAAAUAUCAAGGAAACACCACAAAACAAGACCACUGCUUUCUGUGUGGGACGUGGUUCGAGAGUUGAAUUCUAUUAUUUAAGUUAUUCAUUGUCAAAUUUGCGAGUCAUCCGUUACCGAGUAUUAUUGUUGGAUUUCGACAUGAUAAAUCUGAAGUGGGUAGAACCGUGUUAUUUGGUCGUUGUAGAUGCUGAUGAAAGAAUUCAUAUGAUCGACACUGUGCAGGGAGAUAUUGCGGUGGAAAAUAUUCGCGAUGUACAACUAACAUAUGCUACCGCUGAUUUCAAGGGCUUGUAUACUGGAGGCAAUGUAAGUGCUGCCUUGGAUUACAUGGCUAAUUGUGUAUGUUAUCAGUCGAUUUGCCGUGUUGAAAACUUGAUAUUUCUUCUUGGCCAGUCUUCUAUUUAUAUGGUCUCAGUAAGCGAUCAAAUAGCGCAACUGGAGAAUUUGAUUGACCGAGGACAGAUGGUACCAGCGAUUCUCUUUGCUCUUGAUAUCGUUAUGGGUAGAGCAGCAAACAAAACGAAACAACUAAAUUUGAGACAUUUCGUUUAUUCACGAAUUCGUACUCUUAUUCAAGCGUUGCUAAAUUUAACUAUAUCUGGUCUUGCGAAUGGAAAAGUAACAGAACUUAUCGAUCACUACAAAAAACAUAUUCAACUGCUUAUACGAGCUUGUGUCACGACUAAUCAGUUUGAUUUACUGUAUAAUACAGUGUACAGCUGCUUGGAAAAAGACACUCUUUCUAAGGCAAUAUUUUUCGAGUUCAUCGAUGAAGUUGUAUUGGAUGGACGAUUGGAAAACCCACCUCCUGCGCUAGUUUCCGAUUAUUUCCAUCAUUUGAUAUCAGAAGGCAAUUUAAACCAAUUUGAAGCAGCAGUAGUGCGUAUUCCAGUUGAGAAACAGGACAUUCAUUUCGUGAUGACCACUUGUAGAAAAAAUGGACUUUACGAUGGCGUCAUAUAUAUUUAUAAUAAGGCAAUGUCAGAUUAUAUAGGACCACUCGAGGAGAUAUUUGAUAAUUUGACGGAACUUGUCGACUGUGAAGUGCUAUCAGAUUGCGAAAUAGCACUAGGGAAUAAGUUAUUACUGUAUAUUCAGUGUUGCCUGUCAGGUAGAGCUUACCCAAUUGGAUCUUUGCCGGAAGAGAUUGCUAUAACUCUUCCUUUGCAAGUAUAUCGCUGCUUGGUUUCCUACAAGGGCAAAAAUGGCGCAUCAGCUUCAAUUAUAUAUCCAUAUCUACGAGUACUCAUCAAGUUUGAUGCUGUUCAGUUCUUUAACGUCAUAUUUACAUGUUCAGACAGUGAUAUUUUUAAUUCAAAAGACGGGCGAUUACAGAGAAUCACGGAGAUAAUAUAUCAAAUAAUUAGUUCGAUGGAUAGAAGCGCAGUACUUUUCAUCAAUUAUUUCACUCUUGUUGCUCACCUUUUACAGAAAAAAGCAAUUUUACCAGUGCUUGAUACAAUUAACGAGUUGAUCGAAAUGGUACUAUUAUUUGGUGAAUCCAUUGAGCGGGUUGCAGACGCUGAAAGAUCUGUUGUGGAUGUAAUGAGGAUUGUGAGUGGCCUCGACGAAAUGAAGAUAUUGGAACAAGCUAGAAAACUACCUCACUUGCAGGUCUGCUCACACAUUUAUAUAAAUAGGCGGGAAUUCGUCAGUUUAGUGGAAUGUUAUCUAAAUAGCUCAACGAAUGCAAGACUCGCAAAAGUUGAUUAUAGCCAGACGGCCGAAAUUAUUCUUGAUCACUUUAUAGAAUGGCUGUCCAAGGAAACCUUGGAAGACAGUGAUGUAUUGUUACUCUAUUAUUACUGCUUUGUAGCAAGACGUAAUCGUGGAUAUCGAACUUUAACAGAUUUUGAAGAACGUGAUGAGCAACUUUUGAUUUUUGCUAUAAAGGGAACUAUGAUGCAUAAUUUAUUUGAAAAUCCGGACACGCAGCUGAGCGAAUUUUUACGUUAUUGGCUGAAGAUAGCAUCGAGAACAGAUCAAUGUUUGAAUUAUACGGUGAAGCAUAAGCUUAUUUUAUCAAGUGUUUUACUUCUGGAAGCUAGAAAACUUCUAAAUGGGGCUUUCGAACUGCUUGACUGUGAACUUGAAAAGACGUGGGUAGAAAACGCAAUGCUUUCGGCAAAAUAUAUUUAUGAAACAAUUCGUUUGGCUAAUAUUUAUCAUGAAGAAGCUCGACAAGGAAACUGGUUGUUCAAAAUACUGAAUAGAAUCCUUUCACUUCCAGAAUCAGAGCUGCAGGAAGAGUCAGAUCUUGAAGGUAUGACGGUGGUGCUAAACAACGUAAUCGCUACAAUUAUGGAAAAUGGGAGUGGUGACGCAGAACGUUUGGUUGAUGUCUUAUUUACUCAUCCAGUAUUUCGAUUUUCAACAUAUGCAAAAUUCCGUUCACUGAUAACAUUCAUGUUUGUAUCAUGUCGCUAUGAAGAUGUACUCUUAAAAGAAACUGUACGAUGUAUCGAGGAAGAGACUAUACAAAUGUUGAACGAUUUAAUGAAGCAGUCGACGCGUCGCACUGCCGGCUUGAUCACAUCGAAUGUAUGCAUUAGCUGUGGACGCUUACCAAACAAAUCAUCAUAUCUUUACAGGCACGUAUUAUGUUGUGGCCAUAUGGUUCAUAUGGAAUGCGAUUCACAGAACAAUGCGCACUACUGUCCAUGUCGGACAAACGCCUUCAGUUGUUGUGAUAUUGCAAACAACUUGAGUUGCAGACCCAGCCAAGUGAUUCGAAAACCGAUGACAGUUAAUAUCUUUUCGGAAGAGUCUUUGAAGUUACUAUUGGGACCAAACAGGCGAGAAUCUUAG